CAAAUUUUUGUACAUGUUUUGAAUUAUUAACUUAUAUUUUUCGUUUUCUUUUGAAUAAGGAUAAUAUUAAAAUUUCACCUCGUAAAUCCAAUUUCCGUGGGAUUAAUAUAUAACAACUCGUCUAGUCGUUUUUGUCUUGCGAAAACAAACACGGAAGAAUUUAAUUUAUCGGUCAAAAAAUAAAAACAGAGUAUUAUUAGUGUCGUUUUACCCUAUCAAGGGAUUCUCUCUGUGGUUUGAGCGAAGUUUUUUGGAAGAUCAUCGGAGGCUGGUGUUUCUGGUUGUGGCGUUCUGCUAUUGUUGGGGUUUGUUGCUCGUGGGUUCAUUGAGCAACAAAAGCUGAUACAAGCACAUCUACAAUCUCAAAGUUGUUCUCUUGAUUCUUUUGGGGAAAGAUGCUUCUUUCAGAUGUUACGCAGACCAUCAAUCUCCGCUAGUCUCCACCAAUCACGCGUUGCUUGAUGCCCUCACCGCGUCCAGCUACAUAGCAAGUAUAAAAUCUCAGGGAGACAGCAAUCCAUGUUCCCCUCCGCGCUUUAUUCAACUUGAGUUUUCAUUAUUCCUGCCUAAUCGAACUCGACGUCAAAUUACUAUAACGGCCGGCUUGUCUUUGGUAAGACCCAAAAAUUUAACGUUCUUGAAGCAUCGAGGUAGAGUAGUACUGUCAUUCGGAUUGUUCCUCAUGAAACGAGGAUACCAGGAAUCCCCUUCAACCUCUUUCGGCCCACCUCAAUCCAAAACUAGAUAUAACCCGGAAGGUGAUUCGCAUUUUCUGGAGGAUGAAAGCACUAAGAUAUUUGCUCGGAAAGUUGCUGAACAUUACAGUGCAAGGACCAACCAGACCCUGGAAGAGCGGGAGGCUAGUCCAAUUAUUCAUUUAAAGAAACUCAACAAUUGGAUUAAGAGUGUCUUAAUUCAGCUUUAUGCACGUCGAGGAGAUGCAGUCCUUGACCUCGCCUGUGGCAAGGGUGGAGAUCUUAUUAAAUGGGACAAGGCCAAAAUUGGAUAUUAUGUCGGUAUUGACAUUGCUGAAGGUUCAAUUGAAGAUUGUCGUACACGAUACAAUGGUGAUGCUGACCAUCAUCAGCGACGUAAAAAGUUCACGUUUCCUGCUCGCCUGUUCUGUGGAGAUUGCUAUGAGGUUCGCUUGGAUAAGGUUCUUGCAGAAGAUGCGCCCUUUGAUAUUUGCAGUUGUCAGUUUGCGUUGCAUUACUCUUGGUCUACAGAAGCUCGUGCUCGGCGAGCCUUGGCUAAUGUGUCAGCAUUACUUCGUCCGGGAGGCAUUUUUAUUGGAACAAUGCCUGAUGCUAAUGUUCUUAUAAAAAAGCUAAGAGAAGCUGAAGGGUUGUCUUUUGGAAAUAGUGUCUACUGGGUGCAUUUUGAUGAAGAAUUUUCUGACAAGAAAUUUAAAUCUUCCAGCCCCUUUGGCAUAAGUUACAAGUUCCAUCUAGAGGAUGCUGUUGAUUGUCCUGAAUGGAUUGUCCCCUUUCACGUAUUCAAGACGUUGGCAGAAGAGUAUGAUUUUGAGCUUGUCUUUGCAAAGAACUCCCAUGAGUUCGUGCACGAGUACAUGAAAAAACCAGAAUUUAUAGAGCUCAUGCGAAGACUUGGCGCCUUGGGCGAUGGCAACCAAGAUCAGAGCACACUCUCACCAGAUGAAUGGGAAGUAGCUUACUUGUACUUAGCGUUUGUGUUGAGGAAGCGAGGCCAACCAGACCGAACGCAAGCAAGUAGCAGAAGAGACAGGGGUUUGAUGCAUAUAUCAAAGGAAGACAUCAUGUAUAUUAGCAGUGAUUAACAUGAAUAAAUCAGCCCGUGACUGGAUUUUCCAAAUUGAUGAUGAAACAAGGCGUGUUGCAGUAAAAGGGAAAAAGAACUGCUGCUCACGAAAUUUAGCGUUGCAUCAUACACGAUGGAUUUUGUACCUGUACGAUCGCAAUAACUUGCUGAGAAGUAUUUUUUGCUCCGGUAUUUAUUUGUAUCCUCUUCAGGAUAACGAACUUUCAUGAAUCUACAGAGUAGAUUUUUCCUUUAGCUACAAUUUACAGUGAUAUUGAAGAAUACUAAAUGAAUGAUGAAUCUGCGGCGGUGUAAUCUGUUACAUGUGAUAUGAAGAAUACUAAACAUGUUUCCAUUGUAUUUAUGAAAUUAUAAACUUAUCUGUUUAUACUCUAA